AUGUCAGACCAGAACCCGGAAUCGACAAAUUGCCAAGAGGAGCGUCCAGAAUGGCAGGAGGAAGGGUUCAGUUCCCAUCAAGAAUGGCAAGACUGGCGAAACGAAUAUCUGGCAACCGAUAAUGCCUACGAUACCCAGGCGGAGGACCCAUCCCCUGAUGACAGCGAUGAGGAUGAGGGCUUCGACGAGGAGUUCGUUAGCGAGCAAGACUCAGACGACGAGGACGACGAGGACGACGAGGACGACGAGGAAUCGGAAAGCGGUGAGCCUGGAAAACACGUCGAGCCCGAAGACGACAGCAGUCCCGAUCAUUCCGAGGCUGCAGACAACGGCGAGCCUGGAGUAAACGACACUUCAAAUGUCGACGAAACUGAGCUCACUUCUAUAUACGGCUUCGCGCACGACAAGAACAAAGACUAUGCCCUCGUUGAGCAGUCGGCUCGUGGAGCCCUCAACGCUAUCACCAUAGCCCUGCAAGACAUCAUUAACAAGAGCCAAGCGCGACAAGGUGAUCCACAGAGUCUUGCGAAAGAGAUCGAGAGCGCCUUUGCCACGGCUUUACCUACGUAUUUAAGCGCUCAGGCACUGCUCCAAGGUGGACAACAAGCUGUUGGGCGGCCAACUCCCCUCAGUGCCCUUCCUCCGCAGAGUAAUCAACCCUUGAUCGGCACCUCUACCGCUGUGUCUGUCCCACCCUCUCCGCCUCCGCCUCCGCCGCCAACGGCCAAUGGUCUCGGAGCCUUCACCACUGCAAGAGAUGAUAGCAGCACUUCCCAAGGAGAAGGUGCUGACAGCGACGAUGAAGAGGAUGUUCAAGACGUUAUAACGCCGCCACGCCGAAUCAAGUGA